AUGGCAAAGUUUGGGGUAGGUCCCUCGAAGCCUCGAAGCUCCCGAAAGGUUAAAAAGAAGAAACCGGAUCCGCCUGUUCGCGAUCCGCUCCCGCCGGUUCCCAAAGACAUCGCUCAGACCAAGGAAAUACUUGCUGCCCGUAAAGUUAAUUGGACGAAGCAUUUCUCGUUCGGGAGAGUCGAGAAAGCGAGAGCCUUACUUGCCGGAGCCCCUGUUAGUUCGGAUUCUUCUACUUCGUCGGACGACACAAUCGGGAGAAUGGUACGUUUAUCUAUCCGCGACAAAAAGGAGAGAGCCGACAAGGAACAGGCAAGCGGAGCCCAAGAGAACGAGAUGUCGACCGUCGAGGCCAAGCCGACCCCUUCGGCGCUUAACGAGCACAAAGGCGGCUUGACUCGGAAGCGUUCUUCCUCGGAAGGUGACAAGGAAAAAGAGAUUGCCGCGCCAAAGAAAAGGCGCACAAUACUGAUAGACGGAGAAGUCGCUCCUUCAAUCGUAAAUGAUGCUUCCGCUUCGGCAACUCUCCUAUCGAAGAUCAACAACAAAGGGGUUCGGCUACCACCCGCGGAUUUGCUUAUAAAAGCGAAGUCUUACGCGAGUAUGUCGCAGCGAGGCACCAAGCUGGAUGCUCGCAAGGAUCAACGACGAAUUGAUGAGGCGAGGAAGGACGCUGUCACGCUUUUGACAAAAUUGGAUGAGGCCGAGCGGAAAUUUUCCUCUGCUAUGGCUCAGGCUAAAGCUCGGAUCAAAGCUCUCGAGACGGAGAAGAAGACGUUGAAGGACGAGUGUGUUAAGGCCACCGAUAUGGCUGUUCGUCUCGAGGAAUCAAGAGCUAAGAAGGAUACCGAUAUCGCUUCUUUGCAAAGGCAAUUGACCGAGAAAGACGCUCUUCACGAGGCGAACAUCAAGAGAGCAGUAAAAUCUGCGAGGAGGGACCUGACCGAGAAGAUGCGAGGCCGUCUUAGCAGCGCGGACGAUGCAAAGGACAGUCAGUUGAAUCUUGCGCAGAUUUGA